GAGUAAUUUGACUGGGCUUUCCCAUCAUCUGGGAGCAACGUGUUCGCCUGUUCUACUCUGCUAGUGUAGCGAUUUUGACAGCUGUGGGCUUUUGUCUCUGAUCGCAGCAGCUGGUUUGCUUGGAAGCAUUUCCUGCCGUCCUGCCAUCCAUCCCCCAACUGGUGCUGUACACCUGACAAAUCGAACUUUUUCUGCGGCGGACUCUGCCCAGGCAAGCGCGUAUCGCUCGCUCUAUGAUGAAAAUGAUGAUGAAAGCGGGUGCCUGAGAGAAGAAAGACAUUAAGAAAGAGACGGCCCCCAUCGAUUGGUCGACUUCCACCCCGGUUACAUCCCUCAGAAGCCGCAGCCCAUCCAUUUCUUGGUUCAGUCUCCGUUGCAGCCACAGUGACCUCAGACCCUCCCACUCCCCCCUCCUACCGAUUGCAUAUCUCCUCGACGAUCCCGCCGUCUUGUUCCAGACAAACGUCGUCUGGUCUUCAUCGUCAUUUUUUUUUGAGGGAAACAUAUCCCCCACCGCACCGCGAGCUCCACUACCCCAAACCUUCCCGUCCUCAACCUUCAAUCUUCCCAUCAUCACCGCUGCUGCUUCUACACUACAUCCCAUCGAGAGGAAGAUAGAUAUCAACGAGAAACCGUGAAAACUGCAAGAGUCGACAUUUGGCUGUGGAUACCGCCAACUUCCUACCUUAGCGCCUUGAAAGAAUAACCUUUUGAGUUUUUCGGCAGGAAAGCCAAGACAGGGUGCUAUUGCUGCCCCUCACUGACCGCCAAAAGCACAUCUCCACCCGAGAUCGAGUCGAGGACGAUCACCACCAGAACAAAGUAAACAGAGGAAGAACAGCGAACACUCGCGAUCAUGUCGACAAUACAGCAACUCAAAAACUUCAUCCGUCAUGGCAAACAAGCUCGAGCCGCCAAUGCUGACGACUCUGCACGCACAAAACAUGAGCACUCUCCUCCCCAUUCCCAAGCCCAUGCGAAGCAGCACAAUAUGGCGCCAGCAGUUUCGGAGCCUGUGUACGGAGCGGGUGCCCCACGACAAAACCAUGUCGAUGCCUAUUCGACUGCCGGAGAUGCCCAAAACAGAGUGGCCCAGGCCGGCCAUGUAGCCGCGCACCAUGUCGAACCAGCCCAGGGUGUCAGCAGCAAGACAAAGAAGAGGGUACCUGACGAAAACAUCGCCAAGUUGGUCGCCGAAGAGAAUGCCGACAAGAAUAAGCUUCCGAGGUAUCAAGGUCUCGAGCGCUGGCAACUUGUCGAAAAGAUGGGAGACGGCGCCUUCAAGCAACAAGCAUCUCCAUCCGGAUUUCAAGCCAAAGGCUCCCAAAGCAGCAGAGAAGUUCAGAUUAUGAAGCAACUCGACCACCCCAAUAUUGUCAAGUUGAUCGACUUUUCCGAGUCCCAGCACUAUUACUUUAUUAUUCUGGAGCUGGCUCCAGGUGGCGAGCUGUUCCAUCAGAUCGUUCGCCUGACCUACUUCAGCGAGGAGCUCUCCCGUCAUGUUAUCGUCCAAGUGGCCAAGGCGCUUGAGCACCUCCACGAAGAAAAGGGAAUCGUUCAUCGUGAUAUCAAGCCUGAAAAUAUUCUUUUCAGCCCAAUCCCGAUGGUGCCCUCGAAGCACCCGAAGCCCAAGCAACCGGGCGACGAGGACAAGGUAGACGAGGGAGAGUUCAUCAAAGGGGUGGGUGCUGGAGGUAUUGGCCAGAUCAAAAUCGCAGACUUUGGCCUCUCCAAGAUUGUUUGGGAUAACCAGACCAUGACGCCAUGCGGUACUGUUGGUUAUACCGCUCCCGAAAUCGUCAAGGAUGAGCGGUACUCAAAGUCAGUUGAUAUGUGGGCGCUUGGCUGUGUGCUUUACACCAUGUUGUGCGGUUUCCCGCCAUUCUACGACGAGAGUAUCGAGGUGCUCACCGAGAAGGUUGCCAAGGGGCAAUACACUUUCCUCUCCCCUUGGUGGGAUGACAUUAGCAAGUCGGCCCAGGAUUUGAUCUCACAUCUUCUCUGCGUCGAUCCCGAGCAGCGAUACACCAUCAAGGAGUUCUUGGCUCAUCCCUGGAUUCGCGAGUCUGGUCCUACACCACGUGACGAGAAGAAGUCGGCCAUGUCGUCAGACGGUGUUUUGAGGGCGUUCGAUGCCACCAAGCUUGUGGACGGCGACAAGCGCUACGACUUCCGCUCGCCUGCUGCGGUCAAUCUGCGUGAGGUGUUUGAUGUUGGAUACGCAGUCCACAGACAGGAAGAAGAGGGCAAAAGAAGGAAGCAAAUUGGAGGAAAGGCUGGCGUUGAUCGCCUUGCCGAGCUGGAUGAAGAUGCUGAGAUGGAGGAGGCACCUGCAGGCUCGACUCAGCAAAUCGAGCAAAGCAUGCGCAACACUCAGAUUAAGGAUCACGAGCAGCGCGGGCGCGAUCGAUCUCGGAAACCCCAUCCUCCGCCUGCCGCGGCUGAGCAGAAGGGUUAUGGUCAGCAUUCGGCUACUGUCGCCGCCGCCGCAAGACAGCAAGUUCGCGAACGUCAACGACAGAAGGGUGUUUUCGAGUUGAACCUUGAUGGAGCUACAUUAUUGGGACGUCGCGGUGCAAAGCCUGCGACUCGGGUGGCGUAG